UUGUAGUGUAUCGUGCCGAGACUACUCGGCUGGUGGUUUGAUAAAAAACGAUCGUCAGGUCGUCCAAAGUGUCCGAAAAUAUAAGCUAAGUUACGAUUCUGUGGGUGAAUUUGCGAAUAAGCGACGAUUCUGCCAAAUAAUGAUAUAAUAUAGAGCGGAACGAAGGGAGAGAGAAAAAAGGAUCGCCUCCUCCUCAGUUGAACCGCGUGAAGAGGAGUGAAGAACCCUGCGCCAUUUUGAAGUGUGAGGGGGGAUCGGGGUUAUCAUAGCGCAUACAACUACUUGUCCUUACAUUUGGGGGAAAAAAGAAGAGGAGCAGAGAGAGAUUUCGGAGGGCGAAAAAGUGCCACCGCCGCCGCUGCCGCCAACAAGGUCGUCACACCACCGCCGCCGCCGCCGCCGCCGCCACCGCCGCAUCAGCAGCGCGACACGCAUUAACAUCAGCAAAGCAGUAGCAGUAGCCAGCACGCGUAUCACUUAGUUAUAUAUGUGCUGCGUCCAAGAGGAGCAUCCGAAGUAAAAAAAAAAGGCAGAGAGGAUUAGGUUAAGUCUUAUCACGGAAGAGAUUCUGCACCGCAGUGUAAAAUCCUUAAUUGUUUCUCCUGUCCACCUACGAGUCGGUCUCCUGUCUGCAUCGUCUACUUUUUCGGCGCAGGAGCAGCAGAAGGAUCUAGGAAGGAGAGAGGGGGAGUUGCGAUAAUGGCCCGUCUGUUGUAGAAUCGAAGCGGUCUGCUGCUGUUGCUCUCUGUAGCUCUGCUGCCGUGUGUGUCGUUACCGUUAUCGGAGCGCUGCAACACAGGUUGUGGAUUUUUUCCUCCGGUUGUGGAAAAUAAUGGAAGCCAUGGACAUAGACGGCGACGCCGUUGUUGAUCUGAGCGUUGGUAGUAGCAGAAGAGAAUCGCCAGCCACACCAGCAAACUCGAUAAACAAUAAUGCAGGCACUCCCAUGGAUUUGGGUGUUAAUUACACAACUAGUCCCAGCUUAGACAAUAACAUGCCAGAGUCGAGGAAUAUACAGAAUUCUUCUAGGGGCAUUCUCGCAUCCAAAUCUGGGGAUGAUCGCAGGCCUAGACGUAAUCUCAGGCCAAGGACCGAGAGAAGUUAUGCCGAGAGUCCUGAUGAGCCAAGAAUCAACGGCUAUUUGAAUGGUAACGCAUCUGACAGUGAUGAGGGGGAGAUGCCACCGUUGCCACCUAUCAAAGAACUGACUUCGGAAGAACUGGCUGAUAGGGAGAGAAAUUUGAAAAAAUUCAAGGAGGAGGUGAGAGCGGAAGAAAUGAAACUGGUGCUUUUAAAGAAGUUACGGCAAUCUCAGCAAUUGAAAGAAAACAUUGCAGCUGUGCCGAAAGUUCAAAACAAGUUGCCUCCUCCAUCUAUUACUUGUCAACCUGUAACUUCACACAGUCACAGAACUGGUAAGGCACCACCACCUCUGUUGAGGGGACAGCCAGCACCAAGUAGAAGCAGCACCAUACAUGCUCCUCCACCUAAUAUGGUAUUGCCACCAACUCCAUUGAGAAGUUCACUGUCUAGCACUGGUAUACCGAAUAUGGUAAUACCGCAGCCCCCACAUCCAAGAGUAAGAUCUACACAAAAUACACCUAAUGUAUCUAGUUAUCACCCUCCUGCUGAUAGAACUGAAAGAUCUACAAAAGAUCCCACUCCGACCCCGGCGCACCAGAUGCAAGCAAAACUUGUUGGAUCUCAAGAAAACAAGCCUACUGUGCCUCUAAAUGCACCUGUCAUUCCUGAUCAGGAACGACCUCGGGAAGAGACUCCUGCGCAACGCCAGGCAGCUGCCAAACAAGCUCUCAGGAAACAGCUGGAAAAAACUCUAUUACAAAUACCUCCUCCAAAGCCACCGCCACCAGAAAUGCAUUUUGUACCAAGUCCCGCGAAUCCAGAAUUUAUCUAUUUGGUUGGUUUGGAACACGUAGUCGACUUUAUCACCAAAGAACCGGCUAUUCCUCCACCUCCCGAGCCAUUCGAAUGCACACAAUGUAAAACUGACUUCACACCAGUUUGGAAAUGGGAAAAGUCGUCAAAUAGUAAUAAAAAAGAUAAUCCACAAGGCCAACACGCGACCUUCCAGCGACCUACAGCAGGCAGGGAUCCUCGUGUCAUUUGCGAGCACUGUGUCACAACUAAUGUCAAAAAAGCACUCAAGGCUGAACAUACUAAUCGGUUGAAAACUGCUUUUGUAAAAGCUCUUAAGCAAGAAAAAGAGAUUGAUGAGAGAUUGGCGCAAACAACGUGUCCGAGUCCCGAUCCUCCUAUUCCAAAACAGGUACCCAAAGCUCCCACUCCUACGAGGAGAGUCGUCACGCCUCCUACACCGCAACAGGUACAAGUGCAAGCUCCUCCGCCGGCGCCUACACCACCGUCAUCAAAGCUUCAGGAUCACCAGUUUGCAAAACUUUCGGAUAGCAACAAAUUUCCGCAUCAUGCGACAGCUGCUGCAAUGGCUAUACAACAACAGUUGUUCAGAGAACUUGCAAAGAAUCCAGUAGCUGCUGCUGGUCUCUCACCACAUCAAUCUUUGCCUGCUCACUUGAUUCCAGCUUUCAACCCAGCCUUAUUGUUUUAUAAUCAGUUGGCUAUGGCACAGGCCGCUCAAGGCACCAAGGGUCUUGCUGAGCUGCAACGCCAAACUGAGAAUCUUCAACGCCAGUACUUGCUUGAUAUGAUUCCGUCGCAGAUGUCCCAGAAUCAGAGCAAUCAGCCUCCGCCUCGUGCUCAUCCACAUAAUUGGAAAACGUAACCAGGCCCUUACUAAAACGCGGUACGACACGACUUUUUUUAAACAAUUCGUAAAAUUGAGCAGUGUCUCUGUUUUAUCGCGGUAGGUAACGAGGAGGUCUAGUUUAAAUUGUUUGAUCGACUGCUAAAAACGUGUUCGCCUAGGACAAAAAGGAGUGGGAUAUUUUAUCCUUGCGAUUCUUUCGUGUAUAGUUUUAAUAUGGUGUGCUUCUUUUUCCAAGUGAUAACGUCGAAUUUCCUCGAGAUCGAUUGUGAAAUUUCGUGUAUUUUUCAACUGUAAAAAAGGUACUGAGGUCUUUAUUUAAACGUGUCUUUUCACUACGAUAUAUUAUUUACAACAAAAAAAAGAAGACGUUUGUCUUUAGUUUUGAGAGACAAAACAAGUCGAAAUAUAAAAACAAAUAUUUGUAUGCUAGAAAAAUAGAUGUAUAAUAUGUAAUGAUUGGUCGAACGGUUUAUAAUAAUCAGGCAUUGGAUUUGCACUGUCCGUAAACAGACAUUUGUUUCUUUUGUGUUAAAAUUGAUUGAUUUUUUACAUUUUAAGUAACGGUAACUAUAGACAUAUAAACUUUCUCCAAAAAUCGAAAGCAUUUUCAUUUGAGUCUAAGAAAACUAUGAUUCUAAUUGUAAGUAAGAUCUAUUUAUGUGAAUGGAAUUCAUUUAAGUGGAUUGAUUAACCAAGAGUAUUUAAAUUUUUUUUAUUUAUGCAUGGUUUAGUGGAAUGUAUAUUAUUAUUUUUUAUUUUAUUUUUUCAAUUUUGAUACAAAAUUCUACAGUACACAAAGUUAUUAACGUAUUUUCGACAAAACAUAAAAAAAUAAUCAAUACCAUAAAAUAACAUUUUGUUUAAAAGAUAACUACCAUUCUAACGCGUGGUAAAAUACAAAUUAUUUUAAUUUUCUCCAUAAAUUUAGCAUAUACUGAAGGUAAUAAAUUGUUAAGUUAACAAUUGAUGUCCUUCGAUUUUUAUGGAUUUACGUGUGUUGUUGUGUUUAAAUGCUCUGGUCAAGCAAACAAAUCAAGAAGAAAAAAAAAAAAAAAAAAUGUUUGGAAAAAAAACUUUCUCGACUGGCUGUGUCUGACCACAUCUUUCAUUGCAACCUUUGCCAUUCGUGUCUAUCAUCAAAUAAUAAAAGUAAAAAAUUUAUUGUAUAGCCUUCGACAUUUUUUCCAUUUACAUUUUAAAACAAGUUUAUAAACUUUAAACGUAAACAAAAAUAGUAUAACUGUCUCUCUUUGUACUAAGCAAUAGGUUUCGAACUUAAUAUCAAUAAGGCAUAUAAAAAGUCGUAAAAUAACAAAAGGUAUAUUUGCAAUCACGUAACAUUAUAACGAGAAUCUCCGUGUUUUGUACAAUAGUAUUGAAUGUAUUUAUGAAAGAAAUGCGAAAAGCGGAAAAUUAUGCAUGGAAGCGUGAUUGAAUCGAUUUUGUAAGAGAUCCAAAAAAUGGAUUAAAAAAAUAUUUUAGCAUAAGACAAAGUUAAGUUGAACGAUUGAUGAAUAUCUCUGCUAAUUAAUCCUCAAAAUCACUUUUUCAAAUUUUUUAAACAACUCACCUUACAUUGAGGGUAAUAAAGCAGGUUCAUAUUGAUACAAAGUUCAAAAAUUCAUUCUGUUGUUGAUAAUCGAUGGAAUAAAAAUUGCUAAACUGAAUGAUUCAAUUUCUAAUAGCAGCUCGUUAAUCAUGGCUGCAUAAUGAUUUUCUAAUAAGUUUUUGGUUAAUUGCAAAGAAAUUAAAAUACAAAGAUAAGCUCCAGUUCUGUUUUUUAUUCUUGCUUCACCUUGUAUUGUGCCAAUAAUUUUUUUUUUCUUUUUUUUUUCUAUGACAAUUUUACAGUGUACUUGGUUGUUGCAAUAGUUUGAAUAUUUUAUCACCAUUGUUAAAUUACAUGCCAAUCGAUUGCUCAUUUUUGAAAAAGAACAAGAAAUGAAGGAAUCUGGUGACCACAACUGAUGUUUUUGAUAAUAAAGCCAUGCUUGCAUUUCCCUUGUGUUAUUAAAGGGUGACAUUUAUAAAAAAAAAUUCUGGCAAAACUCGAUAUUGACCAGAAAAUUUUGGGUGUGGAAGCACGGGAAGUUGAAAAUAAGUUUGUUGAACAUGACUAUUACGUACAGUAGAAACAAUAAUUAAGCCGUUAUUUUGUACAUAACUGUAUACAGAAUAAGUUAUCUUGACAUCACUUUAUUAAUUUGACAAUAAAAAAUCAUUUUUACUUGAAAAAAAUAAAUACAAAAGUAUUUUGGCAAACCUUUUCGAAGUAUCAAGCGUUCAAUAUCUACAUGUGUGUCAAUACUUGGUGGCGCCACGCAAAAUGAGCUUAUACGAUAAGUGCAUGCGUGCGUGAGCGUGCUUUCUCAAGCGUACAUAAUCGUGCAAUAGGAAAAAAAAGUAAAAAAAAAGUAAAAAAAAAAUAAAUAAGGGUGGAGAGAUAUUUGAAAGCUGUUUUUAAAAAAGCUAACGAUGCUUUGCAGUGGCUAUAUUUAGAAAACACUGAUCAAGAGAGGAGUGUGUUAUGCAAUACACGUACAUGUUUCAGUGUAUAUACAUAUAUCUCCUUUAUAAAAUACUCGCUCGUUUUAGUUCAUCCUUUUUGUUUUAAAAGCACUUCUUGUGCACCUCCUAAUUUGAUAUAUGUAUGUACAUACGUACAAAUUAUUAUUUAAAAGUAAAACACAAGCGUCGAUGCACUACUGCGCCAGCAGAGUAUGAGAGUACAUGUGUGUACGUUAGCGUACGCGAGGGAGUAUGCGUUUAGCACUGUAAAUAUUUUUGGCCUCUAUGAUAUUGAAAAAUUUGCGUGUCUCUGGUGCACAUUGGCGACAUUGGCGUCCCCCGUGUUCUUUCUUUUAUUUGUUUUCUUUUCGGUACUGCAUGUAUUGUUUACGUAUGCUUUUGAGCACAGGAUUUUUUUUUUGUACAAUCACGACAAAAAUACGACGAAAGUGUAAAAACCGUGGCAACUUGCACGCAAACAAGAUGUAUAUGGUAACACUCUUUUUUAAAAUUAAAAAAAAAAAAGAAAAAAAAAUCCAAAAUACAACUAUUGUCUACACAUAAGUACAUACUUGAUUAUCAUUUCAAAUUACGCAACUCGCCAUCCUCGUGCA